CCGCUGGCAACAAGAAACUCCACAUUACACAGAGACCGAAUGCGUUUAUUCAACAGAAAGCCGACAGAAUCGGCAACAACACCUUCCGCUGCGCCAUCCCCAUCCACCAGCCUACCUUCUCUGCACAAGGAUGAUGGCUCGGAACACCGAAAUCCAGAGCUCGAGAAGACAGAACCCACCGAAACAGUAGCACCAACAGACUCGCGACAGAACUCCACUCCGAACGCAAACGCCGAAACCGCCAUGGAGAAGGGCAUUGAAGGCAGCGAGGCAGACGUCGAUGCCAACGCCCAAGAAGACCAAACAGAAUUCCCUCGUGGCUUGAAACUCGCCGCCAUCACCACCGCCUUAUGUCUCUCCGUCUUCUGCAUGGCCCUAGACAACACCAUCAUCGCAACAGCAAUCCCCAAAAUCACAGAUCAAUUCCAAGCCAUCGGCGACGUCGGCUGGUACGGCUCCAGCUACCUCCUCACCACCUGCGCUUUCCAACUCUUCUUCGGAAAACUUUACACCUUCUUCAGCCUCAAAUGGGUGUACAUGAUCGCGUUGCUGAUCUUCGAAAUCGGAAGCGCUGUCUGCGGCGCCGCGCCGAAUUCCGUGGCUUUGAUUAUCGGCAGAGCGGUCGCGGGUCUUGGGUCGGCGGGAAUUUUCGCCGGAGCGAUUCUUAUAGUUGCGAAUACUGUGCCGCUGAUCAAGAGGCCGAUUUAUAUGGGUCUCAUUGGAGGCAUGUAUGGCAUUUCUAGUGUUGCGGGGCCUUUGAUGGGGGGCGCUUUUACUGAUCAUGUUUCCUGGCGGUGGUGCUUCUACAUCAAUCUGCCCUUUGGAGCUGUAACCCUCCUGUUCAUUGGUCUCUUCUACCAUCCUACAAAGCGAGCCAAGGCUUUGGCUGGUAGCAGCUUCAAAGAGAAGCUCGACCAAUUCGACUUGUACGGAACUAUGGUGUUUCUGCCCAUGAUUGUAUCCCUGCUUCUGGCGCUGCAGUGGGGUGGCAGCAAGUAUCCAUGGAGCAACGGCCGCAUCAUUGGAUUAUUUGUGACAUUCGGUGUUUUGCUCAUCAUCUUCGUUAGCAUCCAGUUCUGGAAGCAGGACAACGGCACUGUUCCACCUCGAGUCAUCAAGUACCGCACAGUCUGGUCGGCGGCUUGGUUCGGUGCGUCUCUCGGAGCCGCGUUCUUCGUUCUCGUCUACUACCUACCCAUUUGGUUCCAGGCCAUCAAGGGCGCCUCUGCCACGAAAUCAGGCAUCAUGAACAUCCCAAUGAUUCUCGGUCUGGUCAUUGUCUCGCUACUGGCCGGAGGCAUCAUCACCGUCGUCGGAUACUACACGCCUUUCGUCAUCGCAUCAAGUAUAAUCAUGUCCAUCGGCGCCGGCCUGCUUUCCACCCUCCAACCAGAUUCCGGCCAUCCAAAAUGGAUCGGCUACCAAGCCAUGUUCGGAAUCGGAGUCGGCCUCGGUAUGCAACAAACCAUGAUAGCGAUCCAAGCCGUCCUACCCUCUCCCGACAUCCCAAUCGGCACCGCCAUCGUCAUGUUCUCCCAAACCCUCGGCGGCGCCCUCUUCAUCUCCGUCGCGCAAAACGUCUUCCAAAACGGCCUCCUCAAACACGUCCGCACCGCCGUCCCCGGCAUCGAUCCCGCCCGCGUCCUCGGCACCGGCGCCACGGAACUCGUCACCGUCUUUCAAGGCGACGAACUCCAAGGCGUGCGUCAGGCUUACAACGAUGCGGUCGUUGAGACGUUUUAUGUUGCGGUCGCUAUGGCGAGCUUGACGAUUUUCGGGUCGGCGUUUUUUCGGUGGACUUCUGUUAAGGGGAGGAAGAUUGAUAUGGCGGCUGCGUAGAGGAGAGGGGGGGGGGGGGGGGGGUAAAGAAGAUGAGAUACCCUUUUUUUUUGCAUUUUGCAUGAGCGAGGCGUUUUUUUUUCGGGUGAGAUGAGGGAAAGAACAUCUUCACUCUACUUACCAGAUGGACAGUGACUUGGAAUUGAUAGAU